CCGUUCGUUCUUCAUUGUUCAUUGUUUUCGUUUUCUGUUUCACAUUCACAUUUCUAAAUUGGGAUCGAGACGUCACACGUCAGUCAGGGCAAGUCAGGGUAAGAAAAUAUUCUAAAAAACAGUUAUUUUGAAAUGUCAUAGUCCUCGAAAUAUUUGGAAUACUUGCAGACUUUUCAACUUCAAAACGAUGUUUACCUAUUUUGUGUUUUAAUUGUUUGAUGUGUAUUUAAAUUGUGAUAUUCCAUCUCUAUUAUCCCUAUUUAUCCAGUGAUAGUAAUCUGACUACCUGUAAACAUCACAUUAUUUUUGAACAAUUUUCUCAGCAGUUGUACCAUUAAAUUCGAAGAUGUGGGUACCCACCCAUGUUCAAGUAACUGUUCUAAGAGCAGAGAAGCUGCUUGUCAAAGGAAAAAACAAUACAAAUGAUUGCUUUGUUACGAUUGCUUUGGGGAAAACUAAGUUUCAAACAUCAAUUAAGGAAAAAUCUGGGCAGCUAGUGGAAUGGCAUGAAGAAUGUGAACUUCCCAUACCAGAUCAAGGAAAUACAGCAGAGAUCGUUUUAACAGUUUUACAUCACAACUAUUUGGGAAUAGAUGAAUUUUUAGGACGUGUUAAUAUCCCAUUAAAUACGUUAGAUGUGUAUGAAAGACCUAAAAAUAAAUGGUUUACGUUACAGAGCAAACCAGGUAAACCAGCAAAGAGCAAAGAAAGAGGCAAUUUAGAGGUAAAAAUUAGAUUCUCAGUAAAAUCAGGUAGUUUAACCAAUUUGAGCAAAAAAGAAAAACACAAGUCAUCAGUCUCCAAUGUAGCUCAUUCUUUAGGAGGGAGUCUAAUGAGUUUAGGAAGUGCCGAAAAAAGAAAAGGAAUAAAGAAAUUUGCAAAAUCGAUUGGUUCCAAAAUAAAUUUAAGAGGCAAAAAGAAGGAUCAUGAUGACGAUGGUUCUUCUAUUGGUAGUAUUGGGAGCUUGAAUAUUAGAAGCGCCCAGGAGAAUUUUAAAAGUAAGCAGUCCAUUGAAGAUGCCGAUCCUGGAGUUGUCAGUGACGAUGAUGAUUUCACUCUUGACGAUUUGUCACACAAGAGUUCAGCUAGUUCUUUAAACCAUCCAGUUGUUAAUAGAACUGCUUCACCUAUCUUAAAGAAUCCUUCUGUUGAGAAUAUAGUUCAUGUGGAGAAGAAAAGUACCGUAGCACCAGUUAAGCCUCCAAGAAUAGAUCAAAAAGAACCCCAGGAUGAAUGGGAAUCCAAACUGGUUGGAAAUAAACCUCGAGGCGUUUUGAGGCCUGGUAGUAGUGAAUCAUUAAAUAGAAGAUCUUGGGAUUCCUCAAAACUAGCUUCACAAAUAGAAGAAGAGCCUGCAGAGCUGUUAGAUGUACCUAAGAAAAAUUUUGAGACUAUAAGUUUAAGAUCCACCAAAUCUCCAGAAACUCCUAGAAAAGAAGCAAAGGAGGGAAUGUUCUCCAAAUUUAAGAACUUCAGAAAAGAUAAAAAUGACUUUUUGAACGACAAUGAUAAACCAACAGGUAAUUCAAGUCAACGUAUUAUUAUAGGAGGUGAAACUGAAGUAAAAGUCACAUCUCAAAAUAAUCGGAUUUCAAAUGAAUUGCAACAAAAGUUUGAGGGGAAAUCAAGAGAAGACCUGAUACUUUCUUUAGUGGAAACCCAAAAUGCUUUAGAGAAACAGAAAAAGAAAUUAAAAGACCUAGAAGACUAUUUAGACGACCUGUUAUUGCGUGUAAUGGAAACAUCACCUCGUAUUUUGCAGAAUCCUUAUGUAACUUGCAAAAUGGCAGAAUACUCAAAAAUGACGAGUUAAACACAUUUGUGCCUUAGCAGCAAAAUUUAAGUGCCAGUAAAUUAAUGUCACCAGAAAAAUUAAAAGAAAAAGUGGCCUGGAAUAUACACAAUUUGAUAUUGCCUAGAGUUUAGUUUCAUAUUGAACUCAAUGUAUUUUUGAUUGGUUGUUAAUUAUUAGUUUUUAAACUCCUUGUUAGUGAUUUAUCACUUUCAGUAAUAGUGUAGAGUCUCCAGAUUUGCAAAAAGGGCCAAUAACAAUUUUUUUUAAUUUCAUCCUUAGACAUUCGUAAAUUUUGAGAUAAAGACAUGCGUUUAUAAGAUUAAGUAUAAAGACACGAAGAAAUAUCUUCAGGAAUUUUUUAAUAAUGACGAUUAUUUAAUAAUUCUUUCAUGUCUCAAACACAUUUGCUAGACAAUCAUAGUCACGCAUUUUAAAAUAUUUUUAUUGUAAUGCUCAUUUGACUAGACUCAACUGAGUGCUAUUUUUGACAAAUGAUUUGUAUUGUUCUAGAUUAUAUAUUUUACAUUUAAAUGACAUACAUUUAAAUGACAUUAAAUCCUUAAAAAAAUAAAAACCCAAAUGCUUCUUAAAGACACUAAUAAUUAAAAUAUUUAAUCGAUAAAGGAUCAAAUGUAUACUGGACUUUUGUUACACAUAAUAUUUAAUAACUUAUUCUCGUCCACAGCAGAACACAAGUCUCUUUCAAUUUGCUUUAUUUUGCCUCAUAUUUAAGAUUACAUUAGGUUAGGUUUUGUCAAUCAUUGCAAGCUAAAGUUGUCAAUGUUUGAGAGCUUCCAGUAUAUGUCCAAAUUAAAAGUCUUCUAAUGUAAAAACUAAAUGCUUGUUGAUUUUGAAGCGAAAAAAAAAACAAUGACUGAUGCUCAGCAGGUUUCACCACCUUCCAUAUCCUUCAUCAUCACCAAGUAGGAUACUUUUUACUGUUUUGUGUAUACAUAUUUAAUCCCCGUUGUUACCACAGACGAAAAAUGAGAAUGACAUUGCACUUAAGUAUAAAAGUACUAAUAGUCCAAGAGGCAGCGCUGAAAAAUCUCUUUGAAUUUACUAAAGCUAAAUUUUUCACAGUUUGUUACUGUGAUUGUGUAGAGAAACAUACUGCGGUCGGUCAAGCGAAACGUAGAAUAGGGGUUACUGAGAGGGUAUCAAAGUUGCUUUCCUACGAAGGUAAUUAAAUAUUUACUAAGGCUUAAAAUCAGUACACACAUUCUAAAUUAAAUAUAAAUAUAAGUUAUUAUAGUCGGUCAGCUGUAUGACGGGACAGAACCGGUCGGUCGGCCCCAAUGAAUAGGGUUAUUCACUAUAUUUUGACCCCCUUGUAAAUUGCUUUAUUUAUAGAAUUAGAAAAAAAUGUAAAAUACAAAAGUUAUUCUAUUUUUAAAUUAUGAUUUUUUGACAUAUAUAUCGUACUAGUGACGUUAUCCAUUUGGGCGUGAUGACGUAAUCGACUAUUUUUUAAAUGGGAAUAGGGGUCUAGUGCUAGCUCAUUUGAAAGGGUAUUCAAUUCCCUAUUCAGUAAUAUAAACAUUAACAUGAUUAAUUGUACAGGGUGUCCAAAAAUGUUUAAUUAAAUUGUUUAUUUAAUAAUUCAAAAUCUUUUUUGGACACCCUGUAUAAAUAAUGAUCUUAAUGUUUAUAGUACUGUAUAGAGAAUUGAAUAACCUUUCAAAUGAGCUAGCACACGACCCCUUUUCUCAUUUAAAAAAAUAGUCGAUUACGUCAUCACGCCCAGAUGGAUGACGUCACUAAUACGAUAUCUAUGUCAAAAAAUCAUAAUUAAAAAAUCUAAUAACUUUUGUAUUUUACAUUUUUUUCUAAUUCUGUAAAUAAAGCAGUUUACAAGUGGGUCAAAAUAUAGUGAAUAACCCUAUUCACUGGGGCCGACCGACCGGCUCUGUCCCGUCAUACAGCUGACCGACUAUAAUAACUUUUUAUUUAUAUUCAAUUUAGAAUGUGUGUACUGAUUUUCAGCCUUAGUAAAUGGAUUUAAUUACCUUCGUAGGAAAGCAACUUUGAUACCCUCUCAUUAACCCCUGUUCUAAGUUUCGCUUGACCGACCGCAGUAUGUUUCUCUACACAAUCACAGUAAUCAACUGUGAAAAAUUUAGCUUUAGUAAAUUCAAAGAGAUUUUUCAGCGCUCUCUCCGUCUAUAACAGAGCACCAAAUCUUACAUUUUAUACAUCACAUGUUAAAUCACAUUAAUUGAUGGCCCAUUUUUGAUGAGAUUUUUCUACAUGUCGUGUGUGAAAGUGAUAAAAAAUACUUUUCAAAUCUAUUUUAUGCUUAUUAACAUGAUAUCAAUAACUUAACUGUUGUACAUAGAGAUUUUUUAUUAUUCAUUGUUACAUAAUAUUAAAACAUGUCGAAUAGGUGUUAUUUUGUUCUAUUUAAUAUUUAUUUAAGAUAUUCCUACAUCAUUACAUCGUAUUCUUUUGUUAAUUAAAAUAAGUUGUAACAUUAUCAAUAAAAUAUUGUUAAUACCUUUUGUAAAAGUUUAUUUUGAUACAUUAAAGUUUACUAUAUCAA